GUCAUCAUCGACGAGUUGAUCAAAAAGUUGGACGUGAAUCUGAACGAGGACAUCGGGAACUUGUCCCCGGAGGAGCUGAGGCAGAGGGUGGACGCUGCCAUCGCUCAGAUAGUGAACCCGGCCCGAGUCAAAGAACAGCUGGUGGAGCAGCUGAAAACCCAGAUCAGGGACCUGGAGAUGUUUAUCAACUUUAUCCAGGAUGAGGUGGGAAACCCUCUGUUGUCAGAUGGUGCACAGAGUCAGCAGCCCAAAGCAGCAGGGACCAACAGCAGAGCUUCAGGAACGAAAAAGAAAGUGGAUCCGGAGCAGGCCCAGAGGAUGCGUGAAUCCGGCCUUCAGCUCAUCCAGAAGGCCCUCGCCGUGUUGCAGAUCUUCGCUGCGAGUCAGUUCGGUUGCUCCGCGGGCCACAUCCCACAGAACGUGUGGCCUCAGGACGGCCCCGGGCAGGACUACGGGCCUCUGCUGCAGCGUCUGGAGGRAGCCGUGGAGAAYGUGCGGGUGCUGGGCUCACGCAGACACCCGUCAGUCGAACACGUGGUCAGCUACACCAGCACCUCCACGCUCGGCGCCAGGGACGAGCUGACAACAGCGGUGAGGAAGGAGCUGGCCAUCGCUUUGAAGGACUUGCUGUCCCACGGUCUCUUCUCACCUUCCCAGACCAUGAGUCUGGUGCUGGCCCCCAUCUCCUGCCUCCUGCCUUACAGGCCGGCCACACAAGUCAUGCACCCGUGGGAACUUUUUGUGAAGUACUACCAUUCCAAGAACGGGAGAGCCUUUGUGGAGUCGCCGGCUCGUCAGCUCUCGCAGUCCUUCAGCCUGAACGUGGGCGGCGCACCGGGGAAAGUAACUCCGAAGCAGUCUCUGCUGUGGGCCGUUCACAUGGUCCUGAAGGAGCACGGGCGCUACAAGAGAGGACCGGACACCGAGUURAAAGCUUUGGUGUGCAUGGCUCUGAACGAGCAGCGGCUCGUGUCCUGGCUCAACCUGCUGUGUAAAUCC